GCUUGGGUAGGCACUGGGCUGGCUUGAGUGCCCCCGGACGCACUCCUGGCAGUGCUCCCUAGCGCUGCAACCACUGCUCUCCCUGCUCUCUGCUUCCUUGCCCCAGGUCAGGGCCGGGGAGCCAGGAAAUCCAGCCACCCUCACUUCUGCCCUCUCCCCCUCUAGGAGGGCCAUGGCCAGGACAGAGUCCUCGCUGUUGAGAUCCCUAAGCCCCAGCCCAGGUCCUGAUGACAGUGAGGUGGAGCUGGACUGCUGGUUUGAUGAGGAUUUCAAGUUCGUCCUGCUGCCUGUGAGCUACGCAGUUGUCUUUGUGCUGGGUCUGGGCCUCAAUGCCCCGACUCUCUGGCUCUUUCUCUUCCGCCUCCGACCCUGGGACGCAACGGCCACCUACAUGUUCCACUUGGCGUUGUCAGACACCUUGUAUGUGCUGUCACUGCCCACCCUUGUCUACUAUUACGCGGCCCGCAACCACUGGCCCUUUAGCACCGGGUUAUGCAAGUUCGUGCGCUUCCUCUUCUAUUGGAACCUCUACUGCAGUGUGCUUUUCCUCACCUGCAUCAGCGUGCACCGCUACCUGGGCAUCUGCCACCCCCUGCGGGCACUGCGCUGGGGCCGCCCUCGCCUUGCAGGCCUUCUCUGCCUGGCGGUUUGGUUGUUUGUAGCCGGCUGCCUCGUGCCCAACCUGUUCUUUGUCACAACCAGCACCAGAGGGGCUACCAUCCUAUGCCAUGACACCACUCGGCCUGAGGACUUUGACCACUACGUGCAUUUCAGCUCGGCAGUCAUGGGGCUGCUCUUCGGCGUGCCCUGCCUGGUCACUCUUGUGUGCUAUGGGCUAAUGGCCCGGCGCCUGUACCAGCCCUUGCCAGGUGCCGCCAAGUCAUCUUCUCGUCUCCGUUCUCUCCGCACCAUCGCUGUGGUGCUGAGUGUCUUCGCCGUCUGCUUCGUGCCUUUCCACAUCACCCGCACCAUUUAUUACCUGGCAAGGCUGUUGGAAGCUGACUGCCGGGUGCUGAACAUUGUCAACGUGGUCUAUAAAGUGACUCGGCCCCUGGCCAGCGCCAACAGUUGCCUGGAUCCUGUGCUCUACUUGCUCACAGGGGACAAGUAUCGACGUCAGCUCCGGCAGCUCUGCGGUGGUGGCGGGCCCCGGCCCCCCACGGCUGCCUCCUCCUUGGCGCUGGUGUCCUUGCCUGAGGACAGCAGCUUCAGGUGGGCGGCCACCACCCCAGGACAGUAGCUGCCCUAACUCCGAGGCAGAUAGGUUGUAACACUGGAAACUGGGAAGUGAGAGAGAAGGGGUGAGUGUAGGGCAGAGGUGUGGGAACAAUAGCGACGCCUGAUAAGGCACCUCCUCUUCUCCAGGCUCUGGAGAGAAGCCCUCGCCCUGAGGAGCUGGGGAGGCAGGGAAGUUGUGUGUGACCCCAUCUCUCAUAAACCUUUCAGCCGCCCUCUCUUUUUUAGCCAAAGACAGUAGCAGUCACUCCUCCGCCUCUACUUCUUUCUCUUUGUUUCUGUCCCUUCCCGGGGCCAUUGGUCCUGUUGCUUGGGCCUACAAGACUUCCUGGAAAUCUUUCGCAGUCUUUCCUGUUCCAUUUUCCCCACGUCCUCCUAUAGCAUGCGUUUCUGCAGCCAGACCAGAGCGU